CCUCGGUUUGUAAAAGAAUUAGAAGUGAAAGAAUAUCCUAACAAAACUCAUUUAUCACACAGGGAACUUUAGAAAAGAAUAAACCGGCCACACGGGGUCGCUGAUAAACCUCCCGAGAGCGCAGCGUCACUGCGCAGCGGCUGUUUGUGUUCCUCCCCUCGAGAGGUGCGUGUCUCUGUUUGUGUGUGUCUCUGUCAGUGUGUGUGUUUAUGGAGGGAGAGACUCGACGCAGUUAGAUUUCGCUCGUGAGCUAACCAGCGACAUGGAGGCGCGAACCAGAGCCGGCUCCGUGAGGACAAGGCACCAUGACUUCUGACCUAAUCCCUGUCCGUGCGUAAAAGAUGCGUCUUGGCACCGCGCUGGCGUUUAUCAGCGCCCUGAUGUUUCCUCUGCAUCUGGAAUGUACCACGACGUGUCAGAAGGGAAAUGGAAAUGGUGAUUAUGUUGAGGGACACUGCCCUGCCACACUGACCCCGGUGGCUCCGUCCCCUUCCCAGAGCCGAGGGAAGAUGUACUCUGAAUGUGUGACCCUCCGUGUUUGGAUGAAGGCUGAUGACUUAAGCCAGGCCCGGAUUGAGAUUCUCUCACCACGUAAUGUAAAGGAGGUCAUCCGACCCAUGAAGACACGGAAACACAAACCCAAGUGCGACAAUAAAGAAAAAGGCGAAACCAAAGUCUGCUGUGUUCGAGGAGAACAUGCACAGAGCAAUACCAGUUUGACACUGUGGGAGCUUGUAUACGAUUGUGUGGAGGCCCAUGCAGGGAGGGUUGUGUCUGUGUCCUUCAGCACAAAGUCAACAAGCUGCAAUGUCAGCUACACGGUGCCAGAUCCAGUGCCACAGUUCGGUCUGACUGUGAAUCGGUCGGUGAAGUCCAUCACGGUGACGGUGGAGCAGGGAGAGGAGGUGCACACCAGGUGGUGCUACCAGAGUGGCGAGUGCAUGGCCGGGUCACUUUCACCACAGCUCACUAUUGAUCCGUCUCAGUCUCGAUCAGCUGUUCUUCACAUCCCCUACCUGCUGCCCUGCGUGUGCGUCCAGGUAUAUUACACACACACAGACGCCCGGCGAGAGAAACAGUGUCCUUUUCAAAACAAGGCCCUCGAUGAUGUGGAAGACGUGUGGCGCUCGUCUAAAGUCACCCUGUACGGGUCCGGUCUGAAUUGGAGCUCCGAGUGUCUCGUCAGCUCCAUGAACAUCUCCGCCCUCCUCUGCUGGAAGCAACACGAGCACCUGUGCACCCCCGUGCUCGACUCCACACUCCGAGGACACGAGGACGGACCGACCCUGAAGUAUAACACAUCCACCGUGGACAAACACCCUAGGAUGUGUGUGCGGUUUUCUCUACAAGGCAGCCAUAAUAUCUCUUGUCCUUUCCCGGCUGAUAUGUCCUCAUGGGAGGUGAACAUUGGAUCAGGCAAGCAGAGUGUGUUUGUAUAUCUCAGCUCUUCGGCUCCAGCAACGUUCUCGAUUCAGUUCUGUGUCAUUAACGAGACGGGAUGUUCCCCCCUUGGCCCGGAGCACACACUAAGAAUGGAGGGGGGGACUGCAGAGACCAAGAUAGAACUGCCUCCUCACCUUCUCGUGCAGGCGCCGUGUGUCCAGGUGUGGCAGUCACAUCCUGCUCUUCACGGAAGAAGAAUUCUGUGCCCAGACUACGUGCGCAGUAGAGCUGGCCUGUAUGUGAUGGCAGCUCUGAUACUCGUGUUUAUUUUUGCUUUGUUGGGAUUUUUCAUCCAUCGUCUCACGAGAAGCGGAGCUGCAGGCUGGCUCUGGAUCCAGAAGGAAGUGCUGCUGGUGUGCUCAUCCGAGCAGUCAGCCCACGUCUCUGCUGUAUGUGCGUUAGCCUCAGUUCUGCAGGGGGAGCUAAAGGCCACCGUGCACAUGGCUCUGUGGGCCACACAGACCGAGGCCAGGACCGGAGUGGCCGAUGUGGGUCCUCUCCCCUGGCUGUACGGCCAGUGGGAAAGCAUGCGCAAGGCUCAAGGAAGAGUGCUAAUUAUCUGGAGCCCCGACGCAAAGACCACCUAUGAGAAAUGGAAGGGGAGAGAAAACAUGGAUAAGAACGAGAUAAAGAAAGAAAAAGGAGCAGAUGUGCAGGAGGAUUAUGAAAUAAAUGGGAGAAGACUGGGAAAAAGCAAAAAGAAGAAGGAGAGAGCUGCAAGAAAAGAAGAUUGUGUAAAAGACUUAUACCCACAGAGGGAAGCCUGCUCAGUGAUAGCCCCGGUGUUUGCAGGUGCUCUGGCCUGCCUGCAGGGGUCGCUGCAGCAGUGCAGAGGUCAAGGAGUUGCCAUUGUCUAUUUCCAGGGUUACUGCCAAAGAAGGGACAUCCCAAAAUCCCUCAGAGACGUCCCUCGGUACUGCUUACCCCAGGACUUCAGGGGUUUGAUACAGGAGCUGGGAGGGAUGCAGAGAGAGAGCAAAUCGAAGGGCCACUGUUGGCCCAGACUCUUUUCUAAAGUGCAGUCGAUAUGGCUGGCACGACAGCUGGCCCACCGGCUGCAGACACUGCUGCAGCGGACGCAAGGAGACAAAACGCAGACUGUCACAUCAUCGCAGAAAAAGACGUCAGAAAAGACACAAAACAGUUCCAAGGUGUCUCCGGCUGCCGACGUGGGGAGACAAGAAACUGCCCAAGAACAGGAGCCUCUUCAGGGGUCCCCUUGGACAGCAGAGAGGCUUUAAUCUCAAGUUCCAGGCGUCUUACGGGGACAGACUUUUGUUCUGCUGGACACACGAGACGUGCAUGAGAAACAGGAGCUGCCGUCCCCUCGGGAACACCUCAGGGCCCGUCACUCACUACAACAUUGUUAUCACUUGACACUGGCAGAUUUUUUUGCAUAUUGCGAAACGUUAAAUGCUCCAUCACGUCUCGUGCAGCCGGCCUCGGACAGAGACCCUUUAUGUUGCUUUCCAAAAUGAAAUGUGAGAAACGCCUCUCUCCUCUCAGCACUAUAUGGAAAUCUGUUUGCAAAUCAUACCUCUGGGUCUUCUAGAGCUUGUGGAUGAGGGAACAGAUGUCAAACUGUGUGACUUCUGUUAACAGGCACCUGCAGAUUUGCAUGUUCUGAACUUAUAUAAUGAGCGAAAGCCGUCCCAUUCAUUCCUGCUUGUACUGAGUCGUGUCUAAUUGAAGUCAUGUAUCAAAGCUUUUUAAACUAUUUAUUUUGUUACAUACUUUACCAUUACAGGUCUGUUACUAUUGCCUUCAGAGGGAUUUAUGUGGCGCUGUUUGUGAGCAGCCUGAUAAUUAAAUAUUUGAGCACAUGCUGGCUCCUUGUAUUCCAGCACAGAGGGUUAAUCAGGCACCUCGAUCAUUCAUAAAAACAUUGUUGAAAGAUAGGACAUGAAACAUAUGCGUUACCUCAAAGACUUGGCUGUCUGCAGAGAGAUACAGAGAAAACCCUCCCAUCAUUAUCUCUGCUGCUUAUCUUUUAAGGUCCAGUGUGUGAGAUUAAGGUGAAAGGGAUCUAUUGGCAGAAAUUGAAUUAAAAAUAAUCCAUGUGAUGUUUUCACUUGUGUGUUUCAUCUAAAUGAUACGAAUUGUUGUUGUUUUUUUACUGUAGAAUGGUCCCUUUUUUUUUUAUUCUUGAUAUUCACAUCAGGAGCGGGUCCUCUCUACAGAGGCAGUCAUGUUUGUUUUUUUACAGAAGCCUAAACUGGACAAACUAAACACCUUUUGAGUUUUUAUGACAAGAGAGGUGAGGGGUAUUCAGCUGCAACAUGCAACUUUUACCACUAUGUGUCACUGAAUUCUACACACUGAACCUUUAAGUGUCACAGAAGGCAACGAAUCACAGGGCAAACAUUCAGAGACAACAACCAUUCUCAACUUAGGUCAAUUGAAAAUCACUAAUUAAUUUUACCCCAAAGUUUGCAUGUCUACUGUCGGCAGAUAUGCAAACACAGAAAGUUCCCAGGAGUUGAACUUGCCUGGAUGCAAGCUCUGCACCUCCGUGCCACCCAGAGUAACAACAGUAUUAUUCAAAUAUUAUCAACGGAAAAUAUAACGUUCAGGCAUUCCCCGGAAAAACGUUAGAGCAAGAAACCCAUGAUGGGGAUACUCUCCCAGACGGGAGGCCUUCAUAGUUCAACGGCCCCUUGAAGAAAGAUUUGUUCAUCAUCAUUGAAUUCAAUUCUAAGUUUUAAGAGACUACCACUGUUGGCAUCUGUAUUAAAAAAAAAGAAGAAAUCUCUUAAUUAACAAACCGACUGAGACAAAAAGGUUUGUGUGUUCCUGAAUGUGAUUAUUCAGCAUGUGUCAUAUGACCUUUCCAUUUUUCACAACCUGAACCUGAAGUGCAGUGAAGACCUGCUCGACAGGAUUAAUCAGGAGGCGGAUUGUUUCUCAACUCCACACCAUGUCCUGAUCUCAGUGUUUGGAGAGACAGUUGUUUUCACAUGUCAGGACAGUGUCCUACUCUCAUGUGACACCUGCACACAUCUCACACCUUCACUAAACUCGCAGACACGAUGUAAACUCAAGGUGCUGAUUACACAGAGUGACAACGACAAUGACACAAUAUUAGUCGCACAAUGGGAAGAAAAAAAGAUUUUAUACAAAUAAAAGCUGCAGUUUUUCUUUGCCCAGGGA